AUGGCUACAUAUCUAUUACCUAAUCUACGUACUGGGUGGCAUGUGGAUCAAGCAAUAGUAACAGAGACAGAAAAGUUAGUUAUAAUACGGUUCGGUAUUGAAAAUUCAAAAGAAUGUAUACUGAUGGAUGAACUGCUAUAUUCAGUAUCUGAAAAAGUUAAGAAUUUUGCAACGGUAUAUCUUUGUGAUAUUACAAAGGUAACAGAUUUCAAUGAAAUGUACGAAUUGGACGAUCCUAUGUGUCUAAUGUUUUUUUAUAAGAAUAAACAUAUGAUGUGUGAUUUUGGUACCGGUAAUAAUAAUAAAUUGAAUUUCACAAUUGAUGAUGAGCAGGAAUUAAUAGAUGUUAUCGAGACGAUAUUUAGAGGUGCAAGAAAGAACAAAGGUUUGGUGGUGUCACCUUACGAUUAUAACAAUAAGAGGGUAGAUUAA